UGCGAGGUGAUACACGGCACUCUUUCACUUCACCCAGAGUCCGAGGCUGUGCUCAGCCUUCCUUCCGUCUCGGGAUCACUCUGGCGGAAACGUUUGGCCACUUUUCUUGUAUAGAGAGGCAUUGGUGGUUCGUGUUGGCUCGCAUCUUGUUCCAAAGUAGUGUUCGUGUACGACGGUAAACGAUGCAAACGUCCUGGAGGAUCGUCUUGCUCGCGACAGCUGUCUGCGUGGCGUCUGUUUCUUCGGAUUACACCUACGAGGUCCGAUUCUUCGAGACAAAGGUGGACCACUUCGGUUACGCCAACAAUGACACCUACAAGAUGCGCUACCUGUUUGCCGACCAGUACUGGCUCAAGGGAGGGCCCAUAUUUUUCUACACGGGAAACGAAGGCAGCAUCACGACGUUCGCGAACAACACCGGGCUGAUGUGGGAGUGGGCUGAGGAGUUAAAAGCACUGCUGAUUUUUGCCGAGCACCGGUACUACGGUAAAUCGAUGCCGUACGGAGCACGCUCGUUCGAGAGUCCGGCCCAUCUUGGCUAUCUCACAGUGGAGCAGGCGUUGGCCGACUACGCGGAUUUGCUGCGGCACAUACGUGAAACGUUGCCCGGAGCCGGAGACAGCCCAGUGGUUUCGUUCGGAGGUUCUUACGGUGGCAUGCUGGCUGCCUGGUUCCGAAUGAAGUACCCGCACGUGACCGUGGCAGCACUGGCAGCCAGCGCUCCAAUUCUGCAGUUCCAAGGCAUCACCCCCUGCGGCGCCCUGAACGCUGUCGUCACAAAAGCUUUCAGGAAGGAAUCUGAGCUGUGCGUUGAGGCCAUCAGAAAGUCAUGGGACGUCAUCAAAAACAUGUCUUCUACAGCGGAAGGUGCUCAAGCCAUCGACGAACGCUUCCACAUUUGCGGCAACUACACGCCAAGAAACUUCACGAGUCUGCGGGACUGGAUGACUGAUCUGUACGCGAACCUUGCCAUGGUUAACUACCCGUACGACAACAGCUUUCUGGCCCCAGUACCCGGUCACCCAGUCAGGGAGGCCUGCAAGUUCUUGAACAAGACGUUUGAUAACGACGACACACUGUUGGACGGUAUAUACCAGGCAAUAAGCGUCUUUCAAAAUUACACGGGGCAGACACAAUGUAACGACCUCUCCAAGGGUUCGGGAACUUUGGACGCGGAUGGCUGGAACUUUCAGUCCUGCAACGAGAUGGUGAUGCCCAUGUGCAGUGACGGCGUCAACGACAUGUUCUACAAGAACGACUGGGACCUGAACGAGUACCGGAAAAAGUGCGAGAAAGACUUCCACGUCACGCCCGACGUGUACAAGGCUGAGCUCAUGUUUGGCGGCAGGAAUAUUUCAGCGGCGUCCAACAUCAUCUUCAGUAACGGAGACUUGGACCCGUGGUCAGCGGGCGGGGUUCUCAACACCAUCUCGGACAGCGUGAUUGCGAUAUAUAUGGAAGGAGCUGCCCACCACCUAGACUUGCGUGGGUCGAACCCAGCCGACCCGGAAUCCGUCGUCAAUGCGAGGAAGAUCGAGGCGGAAUACAUCGUCAAGUGGAUGAAGGAGGCCUACGGCCACUGAUGUGCCCAUCUGAUAGCCCAUUGUCGUCCAUUCGAAAUACACGGCUUCAUUCGAUGCCCU